ACAAUGGGCAAGACAACAAAAAGGUCUAGACUGGUGGGAUUGGCCGCGUGGCGGGACUUACGUAACAAAGCGGUUAGUAUAACCGUGAUUCACAUGUCAGAUCCCGAACAUUCUGCGGCAACCCCAUUUGACCCACCAUGGAGGACUCGCCAGGGCCAAGUCGGCAGGUACGGCGCAAGCUGUCACGGUCAAAGACAUCUUGCCUCAAGUGUCGCUUACGAAAAGCCAAAUGUGGAGCCUUGCCUCCGGAAACCUGCGACUACUGCGCCAAACACGGCCUGAAAUGUGUAUGGCCCAAGGAGGAUCGUCGUACGGCUAGAUUUAUGCCUCAAGAUGUCGUCCUGCCCAUCAACACUCAGCAGACGGAAGCUGUUCAGCAGCCAUUGUGGGACUGGGGUCAAGAUCUCACUCUAUCGCCCGAGAUUGACCUCGAUCGCCAAUGGCGCAAUUGGUUCAUGCCGACCCCAGGCCAAUCCCCUUCGUUCAAUGUCACCGACACGGAUGCAUUCCUGCAGAACCUGCUCUCCGACCACCGUACAGAUCUACAAUUCCAGGUGUUGGUGGAUGGGCCGAGGCAGGAUACGCGGAAGACGGGAACCAUUCGGAUAAAGUACCGUCGUUCUCACGGCCGCACCGCGUUCGUCCCAGGGACACUGGCUGUACCUAUCAAGGUGCUUCUACAGCAGAGCAGACACGAUUCACCGGGAGACAUGUCCACGCCUAGCUCAACCCUCUCCGCUCAGUUUGACACGAGCCUAUUGAGACACCUCGUAGCGACCUUUCAAUCGACUCUCCAGCCCCAAUUCCCUUGCAUAGACUGUCGCGAGCUGUCCGAUGCCCUAGAUCGGGAUCCCGUUCCGAGCUUUCUUGUCAACUGCGUGGCCGCCCUCUCCGCAAGAUUUUCCAAAGACCCUCGACUCGCUGCGACAGGUCUCAACCCCGAAGCUUACGGUGACGUCUACUUUGACCGGGCCAAUUCCAUGCUGGGCAACGUGAUCAAAAUACCUCUACGUGAGACAGUGAUCGGUUUCGUUCUUUUAGCAUGUUGUGCAGACUCUGUCUCUGGUCAGUGGAUGCUCGCUGGAAACGCCACGCGCAUGGCCAUGGAUCUGGGCCUUCAGACGCACGAUGCACUGGAUGUCGAUCCUGAGACGAGUCGCCUCAACCGGCUCUGCUUCUGGUCUGUCCUCAUCCUCGACUAUGUCGUUUCGUUGGGGGUGGGCAGACCCACAUCACUACGUCCAGAUUCAAUCACCCAGCAGCUCCCAUCGCAGAGUGAUCUUCAGUCCAGUGGAGCGUCGUCGCCUUUUGCCUAUGCCGCGGAGAUGAUGCACUCGUUUGGACCCCUCAUCAACCUCUUGAAUUCGGAGCAGUUCAAGACCCGUCCGUACACCUUGAUCGACCAGGUGAGGGAGGAACGAUCCGCUAUCAUGCGAUGGUAUCGUCAACUCCCUCAAGAGAUGCAAUGGAGUGCGGACAAUCUACGUACCCACAAUGCCAAUCUCCUCGGAUCCGUCUUCUUUCAACUCCAUAUAUGGGUUCAUACCGUCCUCUGCAGCAGUGCACUUUCGCCUGCCGAGAGUGGCACGACAUCCACGACCCUCGACAAGCUGAGCGUGUCCGGGGCCAAGCUCAUCGGCGAGUAUCUCACCCUCUGUGAUGUCGUCGAUCCGUCCAUCUAUUGUUUGGUCUAUCCGUUUCUCUGUCAGCCACUGUUCACCGCAGGAACAGUCAUCAUGACAGACCUCUCGCAACAGAUCGAAGACAAGGCGUCGGAUCAUGACGGUGUCGCCUAUCUCAAAUCCAUCGCCCAUGGGCAGAUUGAGACCAUCAAGAACGCGUUCCGGAAAGCCAGCGUCUUUUGGCGAGGAUCACGUCUGAUUGAGUCUGCGCUCGACGAGCGUAUACGUGCAGGAGGUGAAAAGGACAAGAUCUGGGUGGAGAACGAGUCGUACGCAUUCCAAGUGUAUGAUUGGUCGUUGCCGGAUCGAUACCGGUCCGACGGCGUUCAAGUCAAUUGAUGAUGAUUGAUUACGUGAUUUUAAACAUGCAAAAUGACGUUUUUGGGA